CCGCGCUGGCCGGCGCUCGCUCCUCCUGCUCCGCCGUCGCUGUCCCGGCCCGGCGCGUCCCUCUGCUCCAGAGCAACUUCGCGACCGGCCCGGAGGCCUGAGGCGCCGCGUGAGGCCCGCUCGCCGGCAGGCAAGAUGGACUCCAGCACCCCUCCUCUGAGCCCCUCCAAUCCACAACCUCCACCGGCACCGCAGCCCCAAGCCCGCGCUCGGCUCAAUGCCACUGCCUCAGUGGAAGAGGAGAGGAGUGAGGCACCCCGGGCUCUCAGACCCCAAGCUGGCCCUGGCCCAGGUGUCAGAGAAGCAGCUGCUCUAGUAGAACCUCGGUCUGCUCGUGCCAGGAGCCGCGAAGAAAUGGAUGGAGCCGGACCUAUGAAGGGAGAUGUGGAAAUCCCAUUUGAGGAAGUCCUGGAGAAAGCCAAGGCUGGGGACCCUAAGGCACAGACAGAGGUGGGAAAACACUAUUUGCGACUAGCCAGUGAUGCAGAUGAAGAGCUUAACAACUGCACGGCCGUGGACUGGCUGAUCCUGGCAGCCAAGCAGGGCCGGAGAGAGGCUGUGAAGCUGCUUCGCAGGUGCCUGGCAGACAGGAAAGGUAUCACUUCUGAGAAUGAGCCAGAGGUGAAGCAACUUUCCUCCGAGACCGACCUGGAGAGGGCUGUGCGCAAAGCUGCGCUGGUCAUGUACUGGAAGCUCAACCCCAAGAAGAAGAAGCAGGUGGCUGUGUCGGAGCUGCUGGAGAACGUCGACCAGGUCAACGAGCACGAUGGAGGAGUGCAGCCAGGCCCCGUUCCCAAGUCCCUGCAGAAGCAGAGGCGAAUGCUCGAGCGCUUGGUCAGCAGUGAAUCCAAGAACUACAUUGCACUGGACGACUUCGUGGAGAUCACCAAGAAGUACGCCAAGGGCAUCAUCCCCACCAACCUGUUCCUUCAGGACGAUGAUGACGACGAGCUGGCUGGCAAGAGCCCCGAGGACCUGCCACUGCGCCAGAAGGUGAUGAAGUACCCCUUACACGCCAUCAUGGAGAUCAAAGAGUACCUGAUUGACGUGGCCUCCAAGGCGGGCAUGCACUGGCUGUCGACUAUUGUGCCCACCCACCACAUCAACGCCCUCAUCUUCUUCUUCAUCAUCAGCAACCUGACCAUUGACUUCUUUGCCUUCUUCAUUCCCCUGGUCAUCUUCUACCUGUCCUUUGUGUCCAUGGUGAUCUGCACCCUCAAGGUGUUCCAGGACAGUAAGGCCUGGGAGAAUUUCCGCACCCUCACUGACCUACUGUUGCGCUUUGAGCCCAACCUGGACGUGGAGCAGGCCGAGGUCAACUUUGGCUGGAAUCACCUGGAGCCCUAUGCCCACUUCCUGCUCUCUGUUGUUUUUGUCAUCUUCUCCUUCCCACUAGCCAGCAAGGACUGCAUCCCCUGCUCAGAGCUGGCCGUCAUUGCUGCCUUCUUUACAAUGACCAGCUACAUGAGCCUGAGCAGCUCGGCUGAACCCUACACCAGGAGGGCCCUGGUCACCGAGGUGGCUGCUGGGCUGCUCUCCCUUCUACCCACCAUGCCCGUGGAUGGGCGCUACCUGAAGGUACUUGGCCAGACCUUCUUCACCGUGCCCGUCGGCCACUUUGUUGUCCUGAAUGUCAGCCUACCCUGCCUGCUCUACAUCUACCUCUUCUACCUCUUCUUCCGCAUGGCUCAGCUGAGGAACUUCAAGGGCACCUACUGCUACUUGGUGCCCUACUUGGUCUGCUUCAUGUGGUGUGAGCUCUCUGUGGUCAUCCUACUGGAGUCCACUGGCUUGGGCCUGGUCCGUGCCUCCAUUGGUUACUUCCUCUUCCUCUUUGCUCUCCCCAUCCUGGUGGCUGGGCUUGUCCUCAUGGGCGUGGUACAGUUUGCCCGGUGGUUUGUAUCUCUGGAGCUGACCAAGAUCCUGGUCACCAUGGCAAUCUGCAGUGUCCCCCUGCUGUUCCGCUGGUGGACCAAGACCAGCUUCUCCGUGGUGGAGAUGGUCAAGUCCCUGACACGGAGCUCCAUGGUCAAGCUCAUCCUGGUGUGGCUCACGGCCAUUGUGCUCUUCUGCUGGUUCUAUGUGUACCGAUCAGAGGGCAUGAAGGUCUACAACUCCACACUGACCUGGCAGCAGUACGGUUUCCUGUGUGGGCCACGGGCCUGGAAGGAGACCAACAUGGCACGCACCCAGAUCCUGUGCAGCCACCUGGAGGGCCACAGGGUCACGUGGACAGGCCGCUUCAAGUACGUUCGGGUGACCGAGAUUGACAACAGUGCCGAGUCGGCCAUCAACAUGCUCCCGUACUUCAUUGGUGACUGGAUGCGCUGCCUCUAUGGCGAGGCCUACCCAUCCUGCAGCCCUGGCAACGCCUCCACGGCCGAGGAGGAGCUCUGCCGCCUCAAGCACCUGGCCAAGCACCCUUGCCACAUCAAGAAGUUUGACCGCUACAAGUUCGAGAUCACAGUAGGCAUGCCGUUCAGCAGCAGCGCCAACAGUACCCGCGGCCACGAGGAGGACGACAUCACCAAGGACAUCGUGCUGCGGGCCAGCAGCGAGUUCAAGAGUGUGCUGCUCAGCCUGCGCCAGGGCAGCCUCAUUGAGUUCAGCACCAUCCUCGAGGGCCGCCUGGGCAGCAAGUGGCCGGUCUUCGAGCUCAAGGCCAUCAGCUGCCUCAACUGCAUGGCCCAACUCUCGCCCGCCAGGCGGCACGUGAAGAUUGAGCACGACUGGCGCAGUACCGUGCACGGCGCCCUCAAGUUUGCCUUCGACUUCUUCUUCUUCCCGUUCCUGUCGGCUGCAUGAGGAGCGGUGCCGCCCUUGUAGGUUUCCUGCAUGCUGCUCUGAGGCCCCUCCCUGUGCGGCACAGGCCGUGUAAGCGUGCGUGUGCAGACCCAAGGCUUCGAGCACCUUCUGCUCCUGUGUAGCCUGCCCGGGGCUGUCCACUUGGAAUGCCGAGCAUUGCUGGAAUCGCAUGCAGUCUUUGCCCACAGUCCUAACCUUUCCCUGUGAAGUUGGGUUGCCAGGUUAGACCAGAAAGACCCUGUGCCCCGAGAAGCACUUUACAGAUGGGAUUCUCCCUCUCCCCCACUUCCAUGUUCCCUGUUGCCCCUGGCUUACUUUUGUGUUGGAUUUGUUUUUCAAAGAACCAAGUGUGUGUUUGUGUAGACUCCAUGAGAGAAUUUCUUAUUUAUUUGGUUACUGCUAAGCCUUGGCAGCUGUUCACCUCUCCGGGGGUGUGCAUCGCCGCCUGCACCCUGGCAUGUGCUUGGGCCUGGCUGAGUCCCCCAUCAGAGCUGGGCGAGGCAGCCUGGGCAGGGCGUGCUGCACCGGGCUCUGGGCACCACACCCUGCCUUAUGACUUUAUUGUCCAGCAGGUGGUGGAUGAGUUUGUACCGGUCGGCCUGAAUCUACCUGGACUCAGAGAGCAGGGAGAAGAACCCUGGGGCAUCCCUUCCCAUGCCCAGGAAGCUUGGCCAUGUUCAGUACUGUAGAGCAGGUCAGAGUCCUACCACAGCUGAAAUAAAAAGCU